AUGCCACCAGUACCAACUGCAACUCGAGAAAAUUUACCGGAAGUUUUGUAUCUGCUGUAUGAACAGAAGUUUCAUGAUAAUACUAUUGAGAUGUUACCAAUGGAGAAACGUCACAUUUAUGAGCAAUUCUACACGCCGUCACUCUACAAAGCUGAAUUCGAGGCAAAACCGAUGGUGUUGUUUCUGGGACAGUAUUCUGUGGGCAAGACGACAAUGAUAAAGUAUCUGUUGGGUAAUAACGAGUAUCCGGGCUCGAUGAUCGGUCCAGAACCAACAACGGACUGCUUUACGGUUAUAUUCUACUCACAGAAUCCAUCCAAUGUUAUGGGCACUUCGCUGGCUGCUGACAGCACGUUACCUUUUCAAUCGUUGAACAUGUUCGGAUCGGCGUUUUUAACGCGUAUGCGAGGUGCGACUCUGCCGGCAGCCGUGCUCGAAUACAUGACUUUUAUGGACACACCGGGCAUACUGUCGGGACAGAAGCAGAGAACAUCGCGGGGUUAUGACUUCGCUUCGGUGGUGAAUUACAUCGCUGGUAAGGUGGAUAUGAUCAUCUUAUUGUUUGAUACGUCUAAGUUGGACAUCAGUGACGAGUAUAAGCAGGUGAUACAGUGCUUAAAGGGCAAUGAGGAGAAGAUCAAGAUUGUUUUGAAUAAAGCUGAUCAAGUUGGUGCUGCAGAACUGAUCAGAGUUCGAGGCGCACUGAUGUGGAGCUUGAGCCGUAUUCUUGAGUCACCUGAGGUACCAAAGGUAUUUAUUGGGUCAUUCUGGGACGGAGACGGUCAGAAGAAGAAGAGGAGUGAAGUGGCAGAGCUGUUUGCACAAGAAUAUGAUGAGUUCUUUGACGAGUUGAAGUUGUUACCACAACAGUGCGGGGUCAGGAAACUGAACGAUGUGAUCAAGAGGGCGAAACGCCUCAAAAUUCAUGCACUCAUAAUGGAGCAGCUCGUGAAGAAGAUGUGGAUACGCUCUGAUAAGGAGAUCAAACGAGUGGUGACAAGUGAUAAUCUCGAGAAGAUUUACGCUGAUUUCAAAUACAGAUUACGAUUAGCGGAUAGCGAUUUACCUGACAUCCCUCCGUUCAUUGAAAAAGCGAAAUUAUCAUAUGCAAAGGCUUGGAAUAAAGUUGAUGAAGAGAUGAUGCAACGUCUUGAUCAAUUCAUUAAUGAUGACAUACCUAAAAUGGUGAGUGCAGUUCAGAGUAAAGACAAAAGGGUUGAUAUACCUGCGCCAUUAGCAGAGACAUUCAAACGAAUACUCGAUCAAGAUUUGAAUGUACAUAAAUAA